AUGACAGCAAUGUACCGCUGGACCAGGGUCCGCACCCUCGCCGCCGUCCUCACCUUCGGCAGCGUCCUGCUCUACUACCUCUACACCACCUGGUCCCGCUCCGAGUCCUACCAGCUCGAGCGCUACAUGAACCUGCAGCACAUCUCCCCUCCCCCGGCCAACACAAAGGCGAGCUUCGACUGGUCCUCGGUGAACUACAAAUUCCCGCCCCAGACGCCCCUGACGCCGCUCCCGAAGGGCCUCGGGCGCGGCCCCGCCCUCCCGCGCGUGCAGCACCGGUUCCCCGCCGAGUCGCCCGCCGCCGCCCGGGCCCGCGAGGCCCGCCGGCACGAGGUCCGCGAGCUGUUCCGCAAGAACUGGGCCAGCUACAAGAAGUACGCCUGGAUGAAGGACGCGCUCAACCCCAUCUCGGCCACGGCCAAGGACCAGUUCUCCGGGUGGGCCGCGACGCUGGUCGACUCGCUCGACGUGCUGUGGAUCAUGGGGCUGAAGGUCGAGUUCGAGGAGGCCGUUGCCGCUGUCGCUACUAUCGACUUUGGAUCGGCGAGUUCGGGCCGCGUCAACACCUUUGAGACGAACAUCCGGUAUCUGGGCGGCUUGAUGGCGGCGUAUGAUCUCAGCAAGCGCAGGGUUCUACUCGACAAGGCCAUCGAGCUGGGGAACCUUCUUUACGGCGCUUUCAACACGGAACAUCGCAUGCCGGUCGACUUCAUCAACUUCGAAGACGCCAAAGCAGGCACGGGCCUCGACGUCGAGAGCUCCGUCGUCUCCGCCUCGCCGGGGACGCUCUCGCUCGAGAUGACGCACCUCUCGCAGCUCACCGGAGACCCGAAGUACUACGACGCCAUCGCCAAAGUCAUGGACCUCUUCCACGAGGGGCAGAAGAAGACCAAGAUCCCGGGCAUGUGGCCCAUGUUCGUCUCGAUGCGGAACCGCGACGUCGUCACGGGCUCGCAGUUCACCAUCGCCGGCUGCGCGGACUCGCUCUACGAGUACCUCCCCAAGAUGCAGGCCCUCCUCGGCGGGAUGGAGCCCAAGUACGAGGACAUGACGGAGGCGUUCCUCAAGGCCGCCAACGAGACCCUCUUCUUCCGGCCGAUGCUGCCCGGCGGGGAGAACGUCCUCAUCUCGGGCAACGUCAACGUCGACAUCGACGGGCAGAGGCACCUGGACCCGGAGAGCGAGCACCUCGCCUGCUUCAUCGGCGGUAUCUACGCCCUGGCCGGGAGGUUGCUGGGCAAGGAGGAGUGGGUGACCGUCGGGGCGCGGUUGACGCUGGGGUGCUACUACGCCUACCAGGCCAUGCCGACGGGCAUGAUGCCGGAGCGCUUCAACAUGCUCGCGUGCGACAGGAGGGACGACUGUAAGUGGGACGAGGAUCGGUGGGAGAAAGAGAAGCGGCUGCGGCCGGAGUUCAAGGAGCAUCUGCCGAAGGGCUUCACCACGGCCAAGGACUCACGGUACAUCCUUCGCCCCGAGGCCAUCGAGAGCGUGUUCGUGCUGUACCGCAUCACAGGAGAAAAGGGUUUCCAAGAUGCGGCGUGGGAAAUGUGGAAAGCCGUCAGCAACGGGACGCUGGUCGAGAACGGCAACGCGGCGGUGCUGGAUGUCACCAAGAAGGUCGACCCGCUGCCCAAGGAGGACUAUAUGGAGAGUUUCUGGCUGGCGGAGACGCUGAAGUAUUUCUACCUCGUCUUCUCACCCCCUGACCUUAUCAGUCUGGACGAAGUCACCAUGAGAUCCGUCUUCGCCAUCGUCACCCUCCUCGCGGCCACCGUCGCCGCCCGCUUCGACGGUCCCUGCACCGACCUCGCGUGCGGCGAGGCCAGCGUCAACUGCGAGGCCGACGGCAUGGUCUGCGUGCCGUUCCCCAGCGUCGACGUCGAGAAGCGUCUGGGCUGCACCUGCAGCGUCGGCUAG